UGUGAAGUUGGAAGAGUGCGACACGUGAGCAAAUGUAUGUUCACACGCGUAAGCUCGCUAGUCAAUCGCCUAUCACGUGUCCAUCUUUCAACCCUCGACCACUCCCGCUUUUAAGUUAAGGUAUAGUUCUUUCUUCUAGACAAAGCAAUUCCUCAAAACCUAAUGGAGAAGGAGAAGGAGAAGGAGAAGGAGAAGGAGAAGGAGAAGGAGAAGAAAAGCGAGGAAUCAAAGCCGCCAUUGAUGGCGUUAAACCAUGUAUCAAGACUCUGCAGAGACGUCAAAAAGUCCCUCGAGUUCUACACGAAAGUGUUAGGGUUCGUGGAGACAGAGCGUCCCGCGUCUCUCGACUUCGACGGAGCGUGGCUAUUCAACUACGGCGUUGGGAUCCAUUUGGUGCAGGCUAAAGACGAAGAAAAGUUACCUUCGAACACGGACCAUUUGGACCCGAUGGAUAACCACAUCUCGUUCCAGUGCGAAGACAUGGAAGCUUUGGAGAAGAGGCUCAAGGAAGUGGAUGUGAAGUACAUCAAGAGGACGGUCGGUGAGCAGGAAGACGCAGCUAUCGACCAGCUCUUCUUUAAUGACCCCGAUGGUUUCAUGGUCGAGAUCUGUAACUGCGAGAAUCUUGAGCUUAAACCGCGUCAUUCGGCUGAUGCUAUACGUCUCCCGGGAGAUCGACACGCGCCUCCUGUUUCGCUCCCUCAGGCCAAUUCUUAAUACAUACUAGUAUACUACUUGGGACUUUGUUUUUUGUUCCUGUUUUUGUACUACGUUACUGUUUUAUUAAUUAAUGGUU